CGAGCCCACCCAUUCUCCCCCCGUCUGUGUGUGUGAGGCGGAGAGAGAGUUAAACAGGGAAGGUCUUCGGCAGGGAGGGAGAGAAACUGCGCGCUGGGGGCGUGUGUGACUUCGUGUAUGUGCGCGCGCGCGCUACUUUAGAGUAAAGGGGAGAAGAAGAGGAGAAAAGGGAGAAAAAAAGCUGAAGUGGCCGCCAUAUCGUGAGGGUUUCAUGCGGACGUGUGGCUGAGGAGCCCCGCUCGACUCCGCGGACUCAUGGGAAGCUCGCACUUGCUCAACAAAGGCUUGCCUUUAGGCAUUCGACCCCCCAUCAUGAACGGGCCCAUGCACCCCCGCCCCCUGGUGGCCCUGCUGGACGGGCGCGACUGCACCGUGGAAAUGCCCAUCCUGAAGGACGUGGCCACAGUGGCGUUCUGCGACGCUCAGUCCACGCAGGAGAUCCACGAGAAGGUACUGAACGAGGCUGUCGGGGCACUUAUGUAUCACACCAUAACGUUAACGCGAGAAGACCUGGAAAAAUUCAAGGCACUUAGGAUAAUAGUCCGAAUUGGGAGCGGCUUCGACAACAUCGACAUCAAGUCUGCGGGCGAUUUAGGGAUCGCCGUGUGUAAUAUGCCAGCAGCUUCAGUGGAGGAGACAGCGGAUUCCACCAUGUGUCACAUCCUCAACCUGUACAGACGAACAACUUGGCUCCACCAAGCGCUGCGUGAGGGGACACGCGUGCAGAGUGUGGAGCAGAUCCGCGAGGUCGCGUCUGGCGCAGCCCGUAUCCGAGGGGAGACGCUGGGCAUCAUUGGCCUCGGACGUGUUGGGCAGGCUGUGGCCCUGAGAGCCAAGGCCUUUGGUUUCAACGUGAUAUUCUACGACCCGUACCUGUCGGACGGCAUGGAGCGAGCUCUGGGCUUGCAGCGCGUCAACACUCUGCAGGACCUCCUUUUCCACAGUGAUUGUGUCACCCUCCACUGCAGUCUCAACGAGCACAACCAUCACCUCAUCAACGACUUCACCAUCAAACAGAUGCGCCAAGGCGCGUUCCUGGUGAACACAGCACGCGGAGGUCUGGUGGAUGAGAAGGCCCUGGCGCAGGCCCUGAAGGAGGGAAGGAUACGGGGGGCCGCCCUGGACGUGCACGAAACAGAGCCCUUCAGUUUCAGCCAAGGGCCCCUGAAAGACGCACCCAACCUAAUCUGCACGCCUCACGCAUCCUGGUACAGCGAGCAGGCCUCCAUAGAGAUGCGGGAGGAGGCGGCCAGGGAGAUUCGCAGAGCCAUCACAGGUCGCAUUCCCGACAGUCUCAAGAACUGUGUGAACAAGGACUACCUGACCCAGGCCACACACUGGGCCGGCAUGGAUCCUAGUACCAUUCACCCAGAGCUCAACGGGGCCUACAGGUACCCCCCAGGUGUUGUGAGCUUGGCCUCCGGGGGCCUUCCGCCAGCAGUCGAGGGCAUCGUGCCCAGCGCCAUGCCCAUUUCCCACGGCCUUCCCACCGUGGCCCAUCCCCCGCACGCCCCUUCUCCUGGCCAGACAGGAAAACCAGAGGUGGAACGGGAGCAGCACCCCAGCGACCAGUUGUAGCCCCACCGCCGCUCCUGACUCCACCCACCCAGCUGUGGAGCGCACCCCCCCCUCCUUUGUUGCAGCCCCCCCAGCGGGGGCCACGAUGGGUUCCCAACCAUACCCGUGAAAGAGUGGAUUCACCGGAGUCUAACGCAGUUCUGAAACUGAUCCAGAAAAAAAUUGGUGGCAAUUGUUCUGUUCAAGCUCUUCGUGAGGGAGAUGAAUAACGUGGAUUUGAAAUGAAAACAGAGAGGAGAAAAAAAAUCCCUAAGUAUGAAUCGUAGUUUGUCCCUGUAUAGUGGACUGAUUUUACUGUUUCUGUGUCUUUCCGGGUUCCUCAUUAAGCAAAAGUAGUUAAUUAUAUCAUGAAUGUAACCUGUCUGUGUACAGUUUUUAGAACAUUUAAGAGGUUUGUUUGUUUAGACGUUAAAAAAAAAACAAAACAAAGAUCGCCACACAGAUGAAAGGGAGGCAUUCAGUGAAAUGAUUUCGAAGACAACUAAAUAUAUAUCUGUUUUUAUGUUUUAAAAGCCCAAAAAGAGGCAGUUUUAAGGCAGACCUUCUCAGGAAAUAUUUUUGUUCCCCACUUUGUUUCCUUUGUAUGCCACAUAGUGCAUUGUUUUGUACUUUCUUGUAUUUUAUUUUUUAGGGCAAUUUAGUACCAAAUUUUAAAGAGAUCAGUUCUGUUUAUUUCAGAUUUUCCUUUUAAAGGGGCCUGGAUUCCCUGCGUUUUACCUUCCAGUAAAAAAAAAAUGUGACACGUUUCAGGAGAAAUGACAGAACUUUCCCAUGCAAACCUGACGAUGUGCUUGCGUGACCUGUCUUCAGUGUAACUCCGUCAGCGGUCGUUCGUCCACGAAGCAGCGCUCAGCUGGCCCGGUAGCAGCAUCUCAUUGCCUACAUUGGUUCCUCCUGGUAAAGUGGUAGGCUAGCAAUAUGUUUUUUUGGUUUGAAAACAAAGAAAAAAAUGAACAGAAAUGUUUGUG